AUGGCAGUGUGGGAGAGUGGCCUGGAGCAUGAGUGCUACCCCUCAGGCGGCUCCAGGGCCACCAGCGUGCGCUGUCCUGCUUAUUUCUCUCUGCCCACCCACCGCCCUGUGGCCUGGCCUUUGUGCUGUCAGCAGUGCUCGGGCACAGAGGCCUCAGCAGUGACACCCGUGGCUGAGCUCCUACAGGGUCCGGCCACCACUGUUGCCUUUUCAAGAACGGGGGAGUAUUUUGCUUCUGGAGGUUCUGAUGAACAAGUGAUGGUUUGGAAGAGUAACUUUGAUGUUGUGGAUUAUGGAGAAGUCCUGAAAGUGCCCAGGCCCCCAGCCCCGCUGGCCACGUCCUCCGGGAAUCUGCCAGAUGUGGAUUUCCCCGUCCCUCCCGGCAGAGGCAGGAGUCAGGAGUCGGUGCAGAGCCAGCCCCAGGAGCCCAUCAGCAUGCCCCAGACGCUGACCAGCACACUGGAGCACAUUGUGGGCCAGCUGGACGUCCUCACCCAGACAGUCUCCAUCCUGGAGCAGCGGCUGACGCUGACAGAAGACAAGCUGAAGCAGUGCCUGGAGAACCAGCAGCUAAUCAUGCAGAGAACAACACCGUGAUCAGGGGAGCAAGAAUCAAGAGCUCGCUCGAUUUUGGGGGGUGGCAGGCUGGAGAUUUGUACUAUGGGACUUGGGUCAAUAAAUCAAGGGGAUUCAGCUCUAUGGGACUCACAUCUGUCCCUGAGCCCCUGAGGUUAUGCCCUUCUGUCCCCACCCGCUCUCUGCCCCCGGAGGCUUGCCACCUGCCAGUGGAAGGCCCCCGUGGGCAGGGCCCGCACAUGCAGAGUGGCCUACGUUUGGUUUAAUGUGAAGGAGUCACUUGAAAAUGUUUGCUACCUCGGAGUCCUAAUGGGCCCGAAGGUCACAGCUCCCCCCGGCUGCUUCACGGGGGUUUGACCCCCUCUCUGCCUGAUGCCUGGCUCUUCCCACCCACGACAGCUUAGCAGUGGGCUGCCCAUUGGAUGGUGAGUCAGGAGUUUUCUCUUAAUCUGACAAAAGGCCCAAUGUGGGCCCAUCCGAGUCAGGUUUGUCCAGGAGCAAGCACUCGGGGGGGUGGGGGGGUUCUGCAGUGUGGCCUUGAUUCCUGCUCCACGUGUGUUCACUGGGGCCCGGUGGCUUCCGCCUCUGUAUGCAUGAGGGUGAAGGAAUCUGAAAUUAAAAUGGACUUUAUUGAACUUGUCAUAAAA